AUGGCGAAGCUCGGUCUCCUCCUAGCCACCCUUGCUCUUGUUCUCUUCCUCGCCAAUGCUUCCGUUUACCACACCACCAUCACGGUUGACAGCGAGGAAAACCCUCGGGGACGCGAAGAGAGCAGGUGUCAGCAGCAGAUAAAGAAGCAGAACUACCUCAGGCACUGCCAGGAAUACAUGGAGGAGCAGUCCAGAGGCAGUGGCAGGGGCCGUGAGGACUACAACCGCCCCGGGAGCAAGCACCUAGACUCCUGUUGCCAGCAACUGGAGAAGCUCGAUGCUACGUGCCGUUGCCCUGGUCUAAAACGGGCAGUGCAGCAACAGACGGAAGAGGGAGAGUUUGGGAGAGAAGAGUUGCAAGAGCUGUAUCGGACGGUUGACAAGAUCAUGAACAAAUGUGACGUAGAGCCUAGGAGGUGUGGCUUCCAACCUCGCAACUGGUUCUAGAGAGAAAGAAAGAUCAGA